GUCUAACGUUCUGAAAGUCUCAACAUUUUUUUUUUUGUUUCUUUUUUCUUUUCCUCUCUUUUUCACUGUUCAUCUUCUUCAUUGGAGUGGAGUUGCAGGUCUCCAUGGCGAAGACGAUGGAAAGAAACGUGGGCGAAGGAGCUCAACACGACCCGCACACAAUCUCAGAAGACGAGAGAAAUCGUGGGUUGUCUUCCUCCUUCUUCACCCAAUAGACAUGGCCAUUGGGUCUCGAAACACUUGAACGGCACCGAACGCCAAAUCUGGAUAGGAACGUGGGUAGGUUCUUCGAUCAAUGCGAUGAGGAUAUUUGAUACUAUGGGAAGCAAAAUGAGGGUUCUUUCCUGGAAAUCUCCCUUCGUUGUUUUGUAUUUGUUCAUUUUCAGGCGUGACUUUGGAGUAGAGGCCAGCAAAGCGAAGAUUCAUAGGGCAAAUGCGUCGUUUCUAGCGAAGGAACUUCGCGAUGACGCUCUGUGUUUUCAGCUAAUCGGUGGGGUCGAUCGAGGAUUAGUGCCGGUCUGUCCGAAUUUCAGAUGGGUCGUGGCCAGAAGAGACUUCCGUGCCUUGGAUUCUGCAUGAACUACUGAGUUCUUACACCGAGCAUUUGUAGAAUCUCCCGAAUCUGACGCGGUUCUGAGGAUUUGGCAUGAGAAACUUGAUGGGAGACGAGGGCUUAGGAGAUGAUUCCCCUCCAGUUUCAUCUGGGGAAGAUUUAUGGAAUGGAAAGAGGAGAUCUUUAGAUGCGAAAGAUGAUUUGGGCAUUCAAUCACGGAAGAAACACAGGUCUGGUGAAAAUUCAAAAUCAGAAUUGGAAUUGGGUUCAGCUGCUUCGGAUUGUUGUUGUGAGUCUGGUCUCUCUAAGGCAUCAGAUGGUGGAUGCCAUUCUGAUAAACGAGAUGGCAGUGGAAGUUCUGGAAAGCGGAGGCGGACUAGUGGGGAACUGCAAGUUGGGGAUGAUGACGAUAGUGUAGAAGACGAUAGGAACAAGAAACGAAGAAAAACUAGGUGGUCUAGCUUUGAUACACGGAUAAAAUUGUUAGGACCCCUACAGCUUCCUGACUUCAUCAAAGAGAGUGUACUAGAAUCCGACUCCAACCCAGAAAUAGUUAAGCUGAAGGCAGAGCUUGCAGAACUCAACAGUGAAUUGCAAAAGCCGGUGCUUCAUGACGUCCAACCUGCGGAAAAGCGAUCCCCUUCUCCUGAAACUGUGCACAAUGAUCUUGGCAUCAUAGUCAACACACAUGAAGUAAGGCUGCGGGAGGAACUCGUCAGGAAACGCCAAGGAAUUAUAUUGAAAUUGAUCCGGAAGCACCCGACUUUCAAUACUCCUCCAAGCCGCAAGCCCUCUAAGCUCUUCAAGAAGCUUUACGUGCCAGUGAAGCAGUACCCAGGAUACAAUUUUGUUGGUCUUAUUCUUGGUCCUCGCGGAAAUACUCAAAAGAGGAUGGAGAAAGAAACUGGAGCAAGGAUUUCCUUGAGAGGCGCAGGCUCCUUCGCAUGGGGGAAACAUGCCUCUGAAAACGAUGACUUGCACGUCUACAUAGAGGCAGAUAAUCAAGAAUCUCUAGAUGCAGCAGCUGGAAUGGUUGAGAAACUUCUGAUUCCGGUUGACGCGAGAAUGAAUGAUCACAAAAAAGCCCAACUGGAGGAGUUUUCUACAUUGAAAAAAUUUUAUCCCAAGGCAAAAGGUCUGUGCUUUAUGUGUGGCAUGCAGAGGCAUCCAAAUCAUGCCUGCCCUGACCAGCCAUCUACUUCUACUUCCGUAUCCUGCAACACAUCCAGCAGCAAUGGAUAUCUCCAUGUCAGCCAUUUGCCUCUAACAGUAGAUGAUGAUCGGUUGAAAGAGUUGUUCUGUCCUUUUGGCAAGCUUGUUGAAGCUAAAUUGAUUAGGGACAAUAACACUGGAGUCAGCAAAGGUUAUGGGUUUGUACGAUUUGAAAAUCCCGCUGAUGCAGCUGUAGCUUCAUCACAUUUACAUGGGUUCAAGAUGGGGAAGAAGAAAUUGACUGUAAAAAUGGCAGGAAAAGCAAAAGUUGGUGAAUCAGUCUCCCCUAGUGUUGCGAGCCAGACAGCUUGCCCAGAUCCACCGGGAUUAUUGCUUUUGGAGCCUCAGGGCUCCCGUUCACCAAGCAUCACAAACCACACAACUCAGCCUGUUCCACGAGAAUCACCGCUUGUAGAAGCUUCAAUCUGCUCUGCUCCAUGUGUUGCAACCCAGGUGGCUUGGCCUGGUCCACCUGGAUCACAACUGGAGGAACCCCAGGCUCCCUUUCAGAAGAGUGAAGGGAUGUCUGAUCUCCCUUCUCAGAAUCAGGACUUCAUAUUCACUCCAUCUAGUGUCGGAAGCCUCUCAAAUAGUAGUGAUACAAGUUCUCUCCGUUCAUCUAGCUGUUUUUCAGACUGGUUUCCAUCUUCAUCACCGUGUUCAUCGGUGCAGUUCCCCGGUCAUCCCAACUAUCCUUACUCAUCCGAAACUAUCCAUGAAAACCCAAAAGAUUUCCAGACACCAGAGAGCCUUGUGAAACCAAUAAACUGGCCAAUGGCUCAUCGUCCAUCAUAGGCUUAGUGUGCUGUUUGGCUAUAUCAAAGAAAUAUAGAGUAAAUAUGAGAUGAGUACUUGUAUACUUUUUUGUUCUAUUUCUAACAACAGCCAUUCUAACCAUUUAGAUCGCGCUUUGCUCUGAUGUUGAAUUUUCUGUGUUCUUCUCAGAUACUGCAUGAAUUUACUGAGCA